CUCCUUUCUCUCUCUCUCUCAUCUCUCCAAAAAUGGCAGACCCUAAAACGCAGCUAAAACGACACAGAGAAGAAACCCAGGAAGAAGAAAACGCAAAGCGCUGCAAAUCUUCACUUAACCGCAUAAUCUCCAUUCUCGAAGCCGACGAAGAAGCGGACUCGAAGCUCACCCAAGACUUGUCCCCCAUUUUCACUUCUCUCCAGCAAGAGCUCUCUUCGGGCCCCCAUGACGCCGGUCCGGGCCCGGGCCAGCAACUGGGCGGGCCUGUUGGCCCGACUAAGGAAGACGCAGACGCUGAUGGAGUCAGUGUUAUUAGACACCUUCUCGAAGCUUCCGACGACGAGCUCGGUAUUCCCAGUGGUGGGAUGGACGGCGGAGAUAACAGUGACGAGAAAGAAAUGGACGGCGGAGAUUUGACGUUUUCUUUGUGUGAUGAUGGGUUGUGGGAGUUCGAAGAUGAAGCUGCUGAUUACUACUCUUCGUUACAGUCUGAACUUUUCAUGUAGGGUAGGAUGAGAGGGGUAAAACUGUAAAAGAAGAAGAAGAAAUUAAGAAAAGCUGAAAAGUUAGGGGUUUCAUGGAAAAACUGAAAAGAUUGGGGUUGAAAAAGAUAAUUGGACGGGUUUUUGGGUUUCUAAUUUGUACCCUAAUCUUUUAUAUAUUUCGAAAAAUCCCUCUUUCAGUUAAAAA